AUGUCUUCCCUUCCAAAGCACUUCAUCAUCGUCGUCAACGGCCAACACGUAACCAAGCCAGAGAAUGACCGCGAUGAAAUCCGCCCCGCUCAAGUUGGAGAGAAACCAGCUACCUUUGAGCUUAAUGAAAACCGCCUCAUAAGCGGUGACUGGGCCAUGGGCUGCAGCAAGCUUGAAGGCCAGGUCCCUGGUACCAGAACGCCUUCCUUGGCUGUUUUUUGGUUCAGAAGGGGCCAGGCAGAGGAGCUCUACCCUGUCUAUCUCAAGGAAGGGAAUAACGGGCCUCAGCUCAGGUUUGCAUGUAACCCUGUUGACGAGGAAGGUCGCCCCUUGGCUGUCCUUAACAAGCAACUUCUCUGCUAUACCUCAGAUAAUUCCGAACCAGGUGCGACUGUCGAGAUCGUGCCCAGUGAGGAUUAA